AUGCGACGACCAAUCCAGUUCGCUCCCUGGCCGAGAGUGACCGGCCGGUCACUCAGUUCCUACCUUUACUCCUUGCCGCUUCCCAGCACAAACCGUUACUUGUCUACCAUUGAGCCGCCUCGAUCGCCCUUUCAGUUUUCAGAAGAUGACCAUUUCUCCGCAUCCGCUUCCGAGGCUGCCUUGCGGUUAAUGCCCCUAGGCGGAUCAGCUACUCGCGGCGUUGGCUCCUCGGAUGGGACCGGCUAUAGGCAGCCGCUGUUGCAGAUGCUCCGGCUCGAUGGCAUCAAUGCUCGCAUGGUGGGAUCGCGAAAAGAUGGAUCCAUGCCUAACAAUAGCCACGAGGGCUGGCGCGGCUUCCGAAUCGACCAAAUCGAGCGCAAGGCUCGAAAAUCCGCGGCCAUGUUAUCCCCAAAUGUCUUCUUGGUUAACGCCGGCUCCAAUGAUUGCCUCCAGAAGUUCAAUAUUCCAGAGGCCGGUAACCGCGUGGGUGGUAUGCUCGAUUAUCUGUGGCUGGCUUCCCCUCAGUGCACUAUCCUCCUUUCUACUUUGAUUCCUAGUGCGGAUAAAGAGGUCGAUUCGCUAGUGAUGCGCGUUAACGACCAGUUCCGCGCUCUGGAGCAACAGAAGGCUACUGAGCAGAAAAAGAUCGUUCUGGUGGAUAUGCAUGCGUCGGAUGGACCUGAUGUUCAGGAUUUUGCCGAUGGUAUACAUCCCGAUGACAAGGGUUAUCAUAGGAUGGCGAGGUUAUGGUUCCUUGGUGUACAGGAAGCCCUCCAGAAGGGGUUUAUUGAUGGGUCGAAAUACAUGUUGUGA